AAGAAGUUACAGCUUAUUUUACAUUCAACUUAUUGAUGACGACAUUCGUGAGAAUUGAAGAGUUUUGAGUUGAUUUACCGAACAGGAUGGUGAAGUUGACACCAGAGCUAAUUCUGCAAGCGCCGCAAUAUAUAAACCCUGUUCGGGAUCGGGAACUUGACUUGCGAGGCUAUAAGAUCCCAGUAAUAGAGAAUCUCGGAGCAACAUUGGAUCAAUUUGACACACUAGACUUCUCUGACAAUGAUGUACGCAAGUUGGAUGGGUUUCCACAGCUGAAAAGAGUUAAAUGUCUUCUGUUUAACAACAACAGAAUAUGUCGUAUAGCAGAUGGGCUUGAUGAGCAACUUCCGAGUCUGGAAACUCUUGUUUUCACCAACAACUUGAUACAAGAGCUGGGCGAUAUCGAUCCACUAAGUUCAAUAAAAACCCUUCGGUCUAUCAGUUUUUUGAGAAACCCCAUAACAACAAAGAAGCACUACAGACUUUAUGUUAUUUACAAAAUUCCGCAUCUACGACUGCUUGACUUCCAGAAAAUAAAAUUGCGGGAGAAGGAGGAGGCUGCACAGCUUUUCAGGGGUAGAAGAGGCCUGGAGCUGGUAAAGAGCAUCGUCAAAAAGUCCAAGACCUUUGUUGCGGGAGAGGCAUUGGAAGGAAUACCAUCCACAGGGCCCACUCCAGAAGAGGUAGCAGCAAUUAAGGAAGCAAUAGCCAAUGCUACCACCCUGGAGGAAGUAGAAAGACUCAGCCAGAUGCUCAAAUCUGGACAGAUUCCCGGGAAAGGCAAGCUACACCCUGAAAAGAAUGGGAAGCCUGUCCAAGAAGAAGAGGAAGAUGACAUGGAAACGUGAUUUGGGUUCGAAAACCUCACUGGAGUUCAUCUAAACUUGCACAUACAUUCAUAUAUAAAAUGUGAAAUAUUAUUUUACAAAAUUAUUUUGAUCUGAAGUAAUCAUCAAAAGCUGUUGGCAGGGAACCUAGAGUUUCAGUCUUACUGUCCAUACCUUGCUUUUUUUAAUUGUACAGACAUCUAAGCAACCUGUGUACUGCUAUGACCUUGGUCAACCUUUACCUUUUUCAACCAUGAGUUUGGUUUCAUGUAUAUACUGUCUUCACAUACUGGAUUCAAUAAUAUUAGGCUCUUUUUAGUGUAUGGACAUGUAAUCAAAGUUAGUUCGAUUUGGUGUAAUGCCAUUACCAAUUCAACCUGAGUUUAGUUUAACUAGGUUAUGUUUGACUGUAUACCUACCUAAUAACCCUGCAACAGUGAGUAUUAUUUGGUUAAUAAUUUUAUGUGUAAGUGAAAUUUUCUAAGCUGUACAUGGAUUAUGAUAAGAGCAUAUACUACUAUAAAAAAUGAUAACAUUUUCUGUGGCCAACUUAUCUCAAAAUAAUGAAUGUAACGUUGCUAUUUCAGUGGUCGUCCGUUAGUAUAAAAUUAUGGAGUCAUUUGCUCUCACAAUCUGUGUCGUGUGCAUAUUGUGUGUCUGUCAAAUGCGUUUCUGUUUACAAAAUGAGACGAUCUACAAGGCCUAGGGCUGAGAAGCGAUUAUGCAGCUUAUUGGUCUUGUAAGUCGUUUUAUUUUUCUACCUGUUGGAUUUUUUGUACAAAAAUGUUGGAGUAUCAAGACAAAUAAAUUCUGUGUAUGCUCA